GCCGUGAAUAUGAUAAUAUCUGCGCUAGGACUCCAUUACACCCAUCAUUGAACUAUUAUCAACAAGAGUAAUCCACAUCAUGCCCCGCGCAACAGCCAGUGUGAACGGCAUCGUAGUCGCCGAAACAGACUCGUACGAAGUAGUCGAUGGGAACAUCUAUUUCCCACCCCACACCAUUACCAAAUCUCACUUCACACCCACGUCAACGCAGACGCACUGCCCGUACAAAGGCAACGCAAACUACUACAGCGUCACGACCAACAAGAUGGAAAUCAGAGACGCCGCGUGGUACUAUGCCGAUCCGCUUCCAAGCAUGAACAAGAUCAGGGGGUAUGUGGCAUUUUACAAGGGGGUGGCUGAUGUGAGGACCUCUUGAAAAUAGGGAGACGGUACAGAAAUGGAAGGAGUUGAGGGUAUAUUCACUAUCUAUCAGAAGAAGGCCCUCAAAUAUGCAUCUUUUCCC